CAAAGUGCACAUGUGUUUUAUGUUAGUGGCACACCAGAGCAAGGGUAAAAUUUUAAAACGGUCAGCAGCAACAAAAUGUGACACAGAUCCGUACAUACAACGUUUUAUAUUUCAUGAAUUCUGCGUGCGGCUCGUGUGCGCUGUUUUCCGCUCACUUCUUGGCACCCUUAGCCUCAACUGCUAGCAUAGGAAUGUGCGCAAAGCCUAGUGCCCUGCUUUUGACAGUUCUGGCAGCAUUACUUAGCUGCAGUGGCGCUUUUCUCGAUAACAACCCUGCACUCGGAGACUACCAGGACGACAGCAAGUGCUUGGAUUGGAAAGAACCCUGGUACGUAAUAUACAGAAACUACGAACUUGACCCGUUGUACGGCGACAGCACUCAUUGCGCGAAUGCAACCGCAGUAACGAUUGACCCAGACGAGCCAGCAUUUUGGACAAAAGAACAGGGCAAGACCACGAAGUUUGUAAAGGAUACUCUGCUGUCAUCGCCAGGCUACACAACCAAAAAUUUGGUUCAUGUUGAGAGCGCACGACCUGGAAAGCCACCGAGCAAAGAUCCUGAAGUUGACUUCUAUAUGACGGCCGUAUUCGUGAGCUGCAACAGCUGCAAAGUGUUUCGCCAUCACAAUAUCGAUGGAGGAGCGGGCUGUACACUUUGGAAACCAGAAAGCAAAAUUAACGAAAGAGAUGAGUGCUGUGAAUUCAUCUACGACUUACUGUGUGGCACCUCUCCAAAGUUCCACAUCUCGAAAAACUGCUUGCAAAGUUCCUGAUUUCUUGUUUAACCUGAACAGGCCGAUGAGCUGAAUUCCUCUGCUGUGCAAGUGUUAAGUCCGACAAUAAAGAUAACUUCAAUGGUUUCAUUGUUGAUGUAGU